UAUUAAUAUUAUAAUUAACUACGAUUUAAUGUGAUUUGACGACACUCCAUUUCAAGGAUAUAAGAUUAACUCGGUUUUACUUCACUGCGCGAUGCCCAAAGUUGGUCAGAAUUUUUUCAUGACAUAGUAUAUUACGAGUCAAUAACGUAAUGUUAUCAAAAACCUUAGUGGUAUCGUUGUGGUUUGUGGUUCUGUUUGCGAGCGUUUUCAGUUCCGAUGGACGCUCGUCCGCGGGAGCCAACGGUCCAAACGAAAUGGACGUUUACCGACUACCGGGCGAUACGAUCCCGGACUCGUACGAUUUGAAAAUCAUGCCGGACUACAAUUACUAUACGGACGCCGUUGUCUUCGACGGGGAGGUAGAAAUUGUGAUCGACGUAAAAUCCGAAACUUCGACGAUAACGUUGAACUGCAAAGAUAUUCUGGUCUACGUGGUAUAUGUGCACGAAAAAAUAACAGAAGACGACGUUGACGUAUCGCAAGUCCGUAACGAUGAACAAAAUGAGCAAUGCAUCAUUAUGUUGAAAUCCCAAUUAAAGGUUGGAAUGCAAUACGUGGUAAACAUCGAAUAUCACGUGAAAAUCGAUACAAACAAUAUGGAAGGACUUUACAAAAGUACAUACAAUAAGGACAAAGAUAAAAAAUGGUUACUCUUGACGUAUUUGAUACCGACUGGGGCCAGGAGUAUAUUUCCGUGUUACGACGAACCGGCGCACAAAACGCCCUUCAACAUAACGUUGGAUAGACCGAAAAACAAACCUUCACGAUCCAACAUGCCGAUUUAUACGAGUUAUUACGAUACAUCCGUGCAAGAGAUGCACGACAUUUUCGUCGAGACUCCGCCGAUCUCCACGCAUAUGGUCGCGUUCGUCAUCAGCGGAUUUAAUUCGACGACGACCGGAAGUACUGCCGGUAGUAGCCCCGUAUACGUGUUCACAGACGUUGACCGCUUAGACCAGGUGAAAUACGUUUCCGGUGAAGCACCAAAGCUGCUGGCGGCCAUGGAGAGCUUCACGGAAAUGCCGUAUGAGCUACCCAAACUUGACUUGUUCGCCGUGCCGGAUUUCAAGUCGGACGCCAUGGGAAACUGGGGACUGAACACGUAUCGUGAAAAGUAUUUGCUACUGGACGAUACAUCUAGCGCCAAAGCCAAGGAACUUGGACUAUCGAUGGUUCAGCGUGAGAUGGCCCGUCAGUGGUUUGGAAACCUGGUCACGUGCUCCUGGUGGGACUACCUGUGGCUGCACGACGCGUUUGCUGCGUACUUUCAGUACUUUUCCACGGACACGGUCUACCCUGAUUGGAGGAUGAACCAGAUGUUCGUGGUCGAACGGCACCAGCGGGCUUUGGAAUAUGACCAAGCGCCCAGGCGUCCGAUUACUGCAUCCGUGCAAACUCCAGACGACAUCACCGAGAUAUUUUACGACCAGACUGAAGACAAGGCUGCUGCGUUUUUGCGGAUGUUAAAGUGCUGCACCAACGAUACUAUAUUCGAACAGUCAUUGGUCCGAUUUUUGAAACUGUACAAAUACGGGUCGGUAGAUCCCGACCGGUUGUUUGCGUCAUUCGAGGAAACUAUAUCCGAAUAUCAAUUUGAUUUUGGGCAGGAUGUCACAGUUACUAAUUUCAUGAAACAGUGGACAGAACAGGCUGGAUACCCAAUGAUAAAUAUAGUAAAGGUCAACGACGAGUUUAUCAUAUCUCAAGAAAGGUGCCUGAUGGACACUCCCGACAAGAUAAUCGAUUCAUCAAGAUGGUACGUUGGGAUCACUUAUACAACCGAAUUGAGUAAAAAUUUCGAAGACUUAACGUUGGCUACUUGGUGUAAGCCGACAAUGGACAAAUGUAUUCUGUCUGCUCCACAAGACCCGGGGUGGUUCAUAUUCAAUAUACAAUCUGCUGGGUUUUACAGGGUUAACUACGACACAAACAAUUGGUCGUCAUUGAUCAGACAAUUAAAAGAGACGCCUGAUGAAAUUCACGUACUCAAUCGUGCUCAGUUGAUUGACGAUUCGUUCUUCUUAGCCAGAGCUGAUCAGUUACAUUAUUCGUUUCCACUGAGAAUAUCUUCAUAUUUAAAAAUAGAAGAUGACGUGUUACCAUGGUAUUCUGCGAUAAACGGAUAUUCAUACCUAAUAGAACGCAUGCGGCGCAAUGAUACGGAGUAUUCAAAUUUAAUAGAAUGUGUCAGUAACUUGGCAGGUAUCAUUUAUAAAAAAACCGAAGACAAAGUAGUUAAAGAAAAAAAUACAGACCACAUUAUCCUAACCAGCUGGAAUGCAUUCUCCAUAUGGGCGUGCGAAUUGAAUAAUGAGAUGUGCAUACAAUCGGCGUUUGAUUACUAUACCAAAUGGCAAAAUGGAGAAAAAAUACCCUCAGAUAUUAGAGACGCUGCCUUCUGUGUUGGUAUUCAUAUAACGAAUGACACCUCAACAUGGGAACAAAUGCUUGACUUGUAUAAGACGACAAGAUCACCUUCCGAAAAACAGUCAGCACAAACAGCAAUGGCAUGCACAGAAGAUGAUAUGCUAUUAUCGAGAUAUUUAAACUAUAUUUUUGAGGGUGAUAAUGGACCAAUUAGAAAACAAGACUACGACGAUGUAUUUACUGCAGUAUCCUCUACGCCGAAGGGACUUGGAGUUUUAAUAGAUUUUUUAGUGCAAAAUUUAGAUAGAAUUACGAAAAGACUUACUGACGGAAAUAAUAUAGCAAUAUUCAUCUAUUCAAUAUGCGCAUCAAAAGCAGCCCUUGAUUCUGAAAUAAAUAAAUUAAAAAAUUUAAAAGACGAUACAAAUACACCGGAAAACCUCAGAAAAGCAUUUAAUGAAUCAUAUAAGCAAGUGGAUAACAACCUGUACUGGUAUAAUAAAUAUCACGAAAUAGUGAAUCAAAACACAGGUUGCUCACCCGACUAUACAACGACUGAUGAACCACACAAAACAUCUACCCAAAAAAUACAAUCAAAAACUGAAAUAAUAACUCAACCUACCAAGGAAACAACAAGUGGAGAAAUAACGUUGCCGGCAAGUACAGAUACAUCUGAAAGAAUUCACUCAGAAACUUCUCCGGUAGAUACCACAUGGUCAGAACACAUAGAUACAACCACACAUAUGUAUCCUGAAACAACACUAGGAGAGACCACUGAAUCAACGACAGAACAUUCUCCAUCAGAUACCACAUGGUCAGAACGCAUAGAUACAACCACACAUAUGUAUCCUGAAACGACACUAGGAGAGACCACUGAAUCAACGACAGAACAUUCUCCAUCAGAUACCACAUGGUCAGAACGCAUAGAUACAACCACACAAACGUAUCCUGAAACGACAUUAGGAGAGACCACUGAAUCAACGACAGAACCUUCUCCAGCAGAUACCACAUUAUCUGAACGAACUGAUACAACUCUACGUAUUUACACUGAAACACAACCCGGGGAUUCCACAGUUACGAAAUAUACUGAACACUCUACACAUGAAUCUACGCAAACUUCGCCUUCAGAUACCACAUGGUCAGAACGCAUAGAUACAACCACACAUAUAUAUCCUGAAACGACACUAGGAGAGACCACUGAAUCAACGACAGGACAUUCUCCAUCAGAUACCACAUGGUCAGAACGCAUAGAUACAACUCUACGUAUUUACACUGAAACACAACCCGGGGAUACCACAGUUACGAAAUAUACUGAACACUCUACACAUGCAUCUACGCAAACUUCGCCUUCAGAUACCACAUGGUCAGAACGCAUAGAUAAAACCACACAUAUGUAUUCUGAAACGACACUAAGAGAGACCACUGAAUCGACGACAGAACAUUCUCCAUCAGAUACCACAUGGUCAGAACGCAUAGAUACAACCACACAUAUAUAUCCUGAAACGACACUAGGAGAGACCACUGAAUCAACGACAGGACAUUCUCCAUCAGAUACCACAUGGUCAAAACGCAUAGAUACAACCACACAAACGUAUCCUGAAACGACAUUAGGAGAGACCACUGAAUCAACGACAGAACCUUCUCCAGCAGAUACCACAUUAUCUGAACGAACUGAUACAACUCUACGUAUUUACACUGAAACACAACCCGGGGAUUCCACAGUUACGAAAUAUACUGAACACUCUACACAUGAAUCUACGCAAACUUCGCCUUCAGAUACCACAUGGUCAGAACGCAUAGAUACAACCACACAUAUAUAUCCUGAAACGACACUAGGAGAGACCACUGAAUCAACGACAGGACAUUCUCCAUCAGAUACCACAUGGUCAGAACGCAUAGAUACAACUCUACGUAUUUACACUGAAACACAACCCGGGGAUACCACAGUUACGAAAUAUACUGAACACUCUACACAUGCAUCUACGCAAACUUCGCCUUCAGAUACCACAUGGUCAGAACGCAUAGAUAAAACCACACAUAUGUAUUCUGAAACGACACUAAGAGAGACCACUGAAUCGACGACAGAACAUUCUCCAUCAGAUACCACAUGGUCAGAACGCAUAGAUACAACCACAUAUAUGUAUCCUGAAACGACACUAGGAGAGACCACUGAAUCAACGACAGAACAUUCUCCAUCAGAUACCACAUGGUCAAAACGCAUAGAUACAACCACAUAUAUGUAUCCUGAAACGACACUAGGAGAGACCACUGAAUCAACGACAAAACAUUCUCCAUCAGAUACCACAUGGUCAGAACGCAUAGAUACAACCACACAAACGUAUCCUGAAACGACAUUAGGAGAGACCACUGAAUCAACGACAGAACCUUCUCCAGCAGAUACCACAUUAUCUGAACGAACUGAUACAACUCUACGUAUUUACACUGAAACACAACCCGGGGAUACCACAGUUACGAAAUAUACUGAACACUCUACACAUCAAUCUACGCAAACUUCGCCUUCAGAUACCUCAUGGUCAGAACACAUAGAUACAACAACACAUAUGUAUCCUGAAACAACACUAGGAGAGACCACUGAAUCAACGACAGGACAUUCUCCAUCAGAUACCACAUGGUCAGAACACAUAGAUACAACUCUACGUAUUUACACUGAAACAGAACCCGGGGAUACCACAGUUACGAAAUAUACUGAACACUCUACACAUCAAUCUACGCAAACUUCGCCUUCAGAUACCUCAUGGUCAGAACGCAUAGAUACUACCACACAUAUGUAUCCUGAGACGACACUAGAAGAGACUACUCAAUCAACGACACAACAUUCUCCAUCAAAUACCACAUGGGCAGAACGCAUAGAUACAACCACACAUAUGUAUCCUGAAACGACACUAGGAGAGACCACUGAAUCAACGACAGAACAUUCUCCAUCAGAUACCACAUGGUCAAAACGCAUAGAUACAACCACACAUAUGUAUUCUGAAACGACACUAAGAGAGACCACUGAAUCAACGACAAAACAUUCUCCAUCAGAUACCACAUGGUCAGAACGCAUAGAUACAACCACACAAACGUAUCCUGAAACGACAUUAGGAGAGACCACUGAAUCAACGACAGAACCUUCUCCAGCAGAUACCACAUUAUCUGAACGAACUGAUACAACUCUACGUAUUUACACUGAAACACAACCCGGGGAUUCCACAGUUACGAAAUAUACUGAACACUCUACACAUGAAUCUACGCAAACUUCGCCUUCAGAUACCACAUGGUCAGAACGCAUAGAUACAACCACACAUAUGUAUCCUGAAACGACACUAGGAGAGACCACUGAAUCAACGACAAAACAUUCUCCAUCAGAUACCACAUGGUCAGAACGCAUAGAUACAACCACAUAUAUGUAUCCUGAAACGACACUAGGAGAGACCACUGAAUCAACGACGGAACAUUCUCCAUCAGAUACCACAUGGUCAGAACGUAUAGAUACAACCACACAUAUGUAUCCUGAAACGACACUAGGAGAGACCACUGGAUCAACGACAGAACAUUCUCCAUCAGAUACCACAUGGUCAAAACGCAUAGAUACAACCACAUUUAUGUAUCCUGAAACGACACUAGGAGAGACCACUGAAUCAACGACAGAACCUUCUCCAGCAGAUACCACAUUAUCUGAACGAACUGAUACAACUCUACGUAUUUACACUGAAACACAACCCGGGGAUACCACAGUUACGAAAUAUACUGAACACUCUACACAUGCAUCUACGCAAACUUCGCCUUCAGAUACCACAUGGUCAGAACGCAUAGAUAAAACCACAUAUAUGUAUCCUGAAACGACACUAGGAGAGACCACUGAAUCAACGACAGAACAUUCUCCAUCAGAUACCACAUGGUCAGAACGCAUAGAUACAACUACACAAACGUAUCCUGAAACGACAUUAGGAGAGACCACUGAAUCAACGACAGAACCUUCUCCAGCAGAUACCACAUUAUCUGAACGCAUAGAUACAACCACACAUAUGUAUCCUGAAACGACACUAGGAGAGACCACUGAAUCAACGACAGAACAUUCUCCAUCAGAUACCACAUGGUCAGAACGCAUAGAUACAACUACACAUAUGUAUCCUGAAACGACACUAGGAGAGACCACUGAAUCAACGACAGGACAUUCUCCAUCAGAUACCACAUGGUCAGAACGCAUAGAUACAACUCUACGUAUUUACACUGAAACACAACCCGGGGAUACCACAGUUACGAAAUAUACUGAACACUCUACACAUCAAUCUACGCAAACUUCGCCUUCAGAUACCUCAUGGUCAGAACACAUAGAUACAACAACACAUAUGUAUCCUGAAACAACACUAGGAGAGACCACUGAAUCAACGACAGGACAUUCUCCAUCAGAUACCACAUGGUCAGAACACAUAGAUACAACUCUACGUAUUUACACUGAAACAGAACCCGGGGAUACCACAGUUACGAAAUAUACUGAACACUCUACACAUCAAUCUACGCAAACUUCGCCUUCAGAUACCUCAUGGUCAGAACGCAUAGAUACUACCACACAUAUGUAUCCUGAGACGACACUAGAAGAGACUACUCAAUCAACGACACAACAUUCUCCAUCAAAUACCACAUGGGCAGAACGCAUAGAUACAACCACACAUAUGUAUCCUGAAACGACACUAGGAGAGACCACUGAAUCAACGACAGAACAUUCUCCAUCAGAUACCACAUGGUCAAAACGCAUAGAUACAACCACACAUAUGUAUUCUGAAACGACACUAAGAGAGACCACUGAAUCAACGACAAAACAUUCUCCAUCAGAUACCACAUGGUCAGAACGCAUAGAUACAACCACACAAACGUAUCCUGAAACGACAUUAGGAGAGACCACUGAAUCAACGACAGAACCUUCUCCAGCAGAUACCACAUUAUCUGAACGAACUGAUACAACUCUACGUAUUUACACUGAAACACAACCCGGGGAUUCCACAGUUACGAAAUAUACUGAACACUCUACACAUGAAUCUACGCAAACUUCGCCUUCAGAUACCACAUGGUCAGAACGCAUAGAUACAACCACACAUAUGUAUCCUGAAACGACACUAGGAGAGACCACUGAAUCAACGACAAAACAUUCUCCAUCAGAUACCACAUGGUCAGAACGCAUAGAUACAACCACAUAUAUGUAUCCUGAAACGACACUAGGAGAGACCACUGAAUCAACGACGGAACAUUCUCCAUCAGAUACCACAUGGUCAGAACGUAUAGAUACAACCACACAUAUGUAUCCUGAAACGACACUAGGAGAGACCACUGGAUCAACGACAGAACAUUCUCCAUCAGAUACCACAUGGUCAAAACGCAUAGAUACAACCACAUUUAUGUAUCCUGAAACGACACUAGGAGAGACCACUGAAUCAACGACAGAACCUUCUCCAGCAGAUACCACAUUAUCUGAACGAACUGAUACAACUCUACGUAUUUACACUGAAACACAACCCGGGGAUACCACAGUUACGAAAUAUACUGAACACUCUACACAUGCAUCUACGCAAACUUCGCCUUCAGAUACCACAUGGUCAGAACGCAUAGAUAAAACCACAUAUAUGUAUCCUGAAACGACACUAGGAGAGACCACUGAAUCAACGACAGAACAUUCUCCAUCAGAUACCACAUGGUCAGAACGCAUAGAUACAACUACACAAACGUAUCCUGAAACGACAUUAGGAGAGACCACUGAAUCAACGACAGAACCUUCUCCAGCAGAUACCACAUUAUCUGAACGCAUAGAUACAACCACACAUAUGUAUCCUGAAACGACACUAGGAGAGACCACUGAAUCAACGACAGAACAUUCUCCAUCAGAUACCACAUGGUCAGAACGCAUAGAUACAACUACACAUAUGUAUCCUGAAACGACACUAGGAGAGACCACUGAAUCAACGACAGGACAUUCUCCAUCAGAUACCACAUGGUCAGAACGCAUAGAUACAACUCUACGUAUUUACACUGAAACACAACCCGGGGAUACCACAGUUACGAAAUAUACUGAACACUCUACACAUCAAUCUACGCAAACUUCGCCUUCAGAUACCUCAUGGUCAGAACACAUAGAUACAACAACACAUAUGUAUCCUGAAACAACACUAGGAGAGACCACUGAAUCAACGACAGGACAUUCUCCAUCAGAUACCACAUGGUCAGAACACAUAGAUACAACUCUACGUAUUUACACUGAAACAGAACCCGGGGAUACCACAGUUACGAAAUAUACUGAACACUCUACACAUCAAUCUACGCAAACUUCGCCUUCAGAUACCUCAUGGUCAGAACGCAUAGAUACUACCACACAUAUGUAUCCUGAAACGACACUAGGAGAGACCACUGAAUCAACGACGGAACAUUCUCCAUCAGAUACCACAUGGUCAGAACGUAUAGAUACAACCACACAUAUGUAUCCUGAAACGACACUAGGAGAGACCACUGAAUCAACGACAGAACAUUCUCCAUCAGAUACCACAUGGUCAGAACGCAUAGAUACAACCACACAAAUGUAUCCUGAAACGACAUUAGGAGAGACCACUGAAUCAACGACAGAACAUUCUCCAUCAGAUACCACAUGGUCAAAACGCAUAGAUACAACCACAUUUAUGUAUCCUGAAACGACACUAGGAGAGACCACUGAAUCAACGACAAAACAUUCUCCAUCAGAUACCACAUGGACAGAACGCAUAGAUACAACCACAUAUAUGUAUCCUGAAACGACACUAGGAGAGACCACUGAAUCAACGACAGAACAUUCUCCAUCAGAUACCACAUGGUCAGAACGCAUAGAUACAACCACACAUAUGUAUCCUGAAACGACACUAGGAGAGACCACUGAAUCAACGACGGAACAUUCUCCUUUAGAUACCACAUGGUCAGAACGCAUAGAUACAACCACACAUAUGUAUCCUGAAACGACAUUAGGAGAGACCACUGAAUCAACGACAGAACCUUCUCCAGCAGAUACCACAUUAUCUGAACGAACUGAUACAACUCUACGUAUUUACACUGAAACACAACCCGGGGAUUCCACAGUUACGAAAUAUACUGAACACUCUACACAUGAAUCUACGCAAACUUCGCCUUCAGAUACCACAUGGUCAGAACGCAUAGAUAAAACCACAUAUAUGUAUCCUGAAACGACACUAGGAGAGACCACUGAAUCGAUGACAGAACAUUCUCCAUCAGAUACCACAUGGUCAGAACGCAUAGAUACAACCACAUAUAUGUAUCCUGAAACGACACUAGGAGAGACCACUGAAUCAACGACAGAACAUUCUCCAUCAGAUACCACAUGGUCAAAACGCAUAGAUACAACCACAUAUAUGUAUCCUGAAACGACACUAGGAGAGACCACUGAAUCAACGACAGAAUAUUCUCCAUCAGAUACCACAUGGUCAGAACGCAUAGAUACAACUCUACGUAUUUACACUGAAACACAACCCAGGGAUACCACAGUUACGAAAUAUACUGAACAAUCUACAGAUCAAUCUACUCAAACUUUGCCAUCAGAUACCACAUUGUCAGAAACCAAAUAUACAACUACACAUAUGUACUCUGAAACAGAACCCGGAGAGACGACUGAGUCAACGGCAGAAUAUUCUAAAGAAGAUACCACAUUUUUUGAACGAACUGAUACUACUCUACGUAUUUACACCAGUACAUCACCUGGAGACACUUCUGUGUCGGAAUAUCCCGAACACUCUACACAGCAAUCUUCACAUAGUUCAUCAGGAUAUACCUCAAGCACUGAACGAACAUAUACAACCGUUUAUAUUCAAUCUGAGACUACUCUUGGAGAUUCUACCAUGUCAAAACAACCGGAACACACUACGUCUCAAUCAAUUCAAACAUCACCAGGAGAAACCACACGGUCAGAUCAAACAGAUGCAACUACACUGCUGUACACUGAAUCAUCUGCAGGAGAGACUACUGCCUUAAAAUACUCGGAAUCAACAACCAAGUAUUCACCUGGCUAUACUACAAGCCCAGAACGAACCGAUACAACCGUAUAUUUACACUCUGACACUACGUCUAGAGAGACCACCAUAACAGAACAAUCUGGUCCCACUACAGACGUAUUUACGCAAACGUCGUUGAAAGAUCCUACAAGGACUGAACGAACAGAUACUACUGAACACAUUUAUACUCAAACAACACCUGGUGAGACGACUGUAUUUGAAUAUUCAACAUCUGCAACGGAUCAUUACACGAUGUCAUCACCAGGUGAUCCUACACAGUCUGAGCGAACCGGUAUAACCACACAAAUGUACACCGAAACACUACCUGGGGAAACUACUGUUUCAAGACCUUCUGUACCAACCACAGACUAUACUAAAGAAACUUCAACUGGAGAUAUCUCAAGUUCUGAACGAACAGAUACAUCUUCGCAUAUUUACACUGAUAUUACGCCAGAAAUGACUACAGUGACAAAACAACCGGAUCAUACUACAGAUCAUCCAACAGAAACUUCAACUGGAGACCACACUAGGAGUAAACAAACUGAGACAACUGCACAUAUGCACUCUGAUGUCACACCUAGUGAGACCACUGUUUCAAAAUAUCCACCGUCCACUACGCAUCAGUUUACAACCUCACAUUCAGGAGACACCACAUGGUCUGGACGAACAGAUACAACUUCUCACAUCUACACCGAAACAACACCUGGACAGACCACUGUAUCUAAAUAUCCUGAAUCCACAACACAACAUUACACAGAAUCAUCAAGUGCCGAUAUCACAUUGUCUACAAGUACUGAUACAACCACACACAUGUAUACUGAAUCAUCACUUGGAGAUACCACAGUUGCAAAACAUUCUGAAUCAACUACAGACCAAACUCCGGAAACUUCUUCUGUAUACACCACAAGCUCUGAAGGACAAGAUACAACUGAACAUAUUCACACCGAUACUUCACCUGUGUAUACCACAUUGUCGGAACCAAUAGAUACAACAACACAGAUGUAUACUGAAACUGUACCUGGAGGAACUAGUAUGACAAAACAUUCUUUAUCAACAAAGGACCAAACUCCGGAAACUUCACCUGGAGAUACUACAAGUUCUGAACGAUUAGAUACAACGACACAUAUAUACACAGUAACUACGCCUGGAGAGUCUACUGUAUCGAAACAACCUCAUUCUUCAACAGGAUAUUCCACGGAAACUUCAGAAUUGGAUACUACAUGGUCUGAUCAUACAGAAUUAUCGACAGAGUUCUUAUUAACAUCUACUCCUGAAACCGAUAAUACUACCCCAGUACCGUUUGAUGAACGUUCCCAUUUUAUAUUUAAUUGUAUUAUUUUUAUUUUUGUUUUUGUCAUCAUUCUUAUUGUAGUUAUAUUAUUCUUUUGGCGUAGAUCUUCAACAAAAAGUGUGUGUGUUAACUCCACUUAUAUUUCAUCGUAUAAUAUUUAAUUCAUUAUAGAAAAGAUACAGAUUAUAAUUCAUUGUUUUAUUGCCUAAUUUGUUGGGUUUAAAUACAAAUGAUUUUAUUCAAAUAUAAAAUUCCGGUUUUUUAAUAUUCUAAAUUUAAUAUGUAAAAUAAUCAUAAUCUACAGAAAUAGUUUCACUAAUUAUAAACCAUUUCUUAAUAUCCAGUUUGUUUAUUUGUUUAUUAUUAAGUUGGUAAGAUAAGUGAAUUUUAUUUUUAUUUAUUAAACUCCUGUAUAAUAUUUUUUUAUUAUGUUUAUGCGUUAUGCUCUUCUCAGUUUUCGAUAUUUAUUUUCUAAAUACUUUAGGUUUGAUUAUAUAUUAUGUAUAUUUAAUUAAUGUAUUUUUUUUAAACCAUUCUUCCUGCCCGGUUUUGUGAUACCUUUUGAUUCAUAGAUAAUGAUUUUUUAUUUUAUUCCAGUAAUUUGGAAAUGCCUUUAAUUUGAUUUAUAUAAUUUGUAUCGUGUUUAAAUUGGUUAGAUCCUGAAUCUAAUGUUUUAAUUAUUAUUAAUAGAGGGGUUUUUGUUCAAUGUCUAAUGGAUUUUGUCUUUCACCACCGCCAAACUUCCCCAACUUGACAGUUUGACGUGAAGACUCGUGCUGUAUUUGGUGCAAGAAUUGUACAUGGAAUAGAUAAUUAAAUAAUAGUUCAUAAUAUUUUAUACUACAAAAUUUUAAUUUAAAAUAUGUUCAUGAAACUAAAUAGGUAUAUCGUAUACGUAAUAAUAUAUAAUAUAUAAAUUUAAACCAAACCUAAAAACCACAAUGAACAAUAAGUAUAUAUUAUAUAAUAAAUACGAAAUAGUAUCGUGAGUGAAGGAUAGACAUACCAUUUAUAAUUUUAAAUAAGAAAGUAAUUAUUUUGUUAAAACUAUCGGUGAUUAUAUAAUUAACUUAUGAUUUUUAGUAUCUACCUACUUAUAAUAUUUGUUUGGACACUUUUUUCAUAGAAGAUGGUUGAAAGUUAAAAGUAUACUUAUCAUAAUAAUAUGUAGAAUGUAGAUCCCGACUGACCUGCUUAUACGUCAUGUUAUAAAUUCUUAUAUUAUGCGUACAAAUCAAUACAACAAAAUAGAAAAUGUAUGCCGUAAAUGUACGUUCUACAUUUCUACACGACUACACAUAGUCACAUAGAAUAUUAAAUAAUUUAUGAUGGUGCAUUAAUUAUGUGGAAACAUUGUUUAACGUUAAAACUUAUACCUGUGUACAUUUUAUUCGAUUUAUGUUUAUAAUAUGUAUUGUUUAAUAUUAUGUUUAUUAAUUAUUAUACCUAUUAAAUAUUUA